CGAGAUCUCCAAGGGCAACUGCUGACUUUCAAGCGACUCGUCCAGCAGCACCUCCUGGCGUCUGCCUUCCAGAGCCAAGAUGUUCACCACCAUGCGCCAACUCUUCUUCCUCAGCCUGCUUGGCCUCUCGAGCACAUGGCUCUGGUCCCUCGCCGGAGCCGCGCCGCUCGAUGGCCUCACCUCCUCCCCUGAUGCCAGCGGCGCCGCCGCCGCCGCUGCGUGGCCCUAUGGUCCAUUCACCACCUCUGGCCGGGACAUCAAGAACGCCAACAACGAGACGAUUGUCUUUGCCGGCACCAACUGGCCGGGUCACGGCGAGGUCAUGAUCCCCGAGGGCCUGCAGUACCAGUCGAUCGAGACGAUUGUCACCAAGAUCCGGAGCAUCGGGAUGAACGCGGUGCGCCUGACGUACGCGAUCCAGCUGGUCGACGAGAUCUACGCCAACAACGGCGCCGACAUCACCGUCAAGGCCGCCUUCGCUCAGGGCCUGGGCAGCGUCAACGGCUCCGCCGUGUACGCGCAGUUCCUCGCCAAGAACCCGCAGUUCAACGACCAGACCACCCGCCUGCAGGUGUACGACGCCGUCGCCGCCGAGCUCGCCCGGCAGAAGGUCUACAUCGACCUGGACAACCACAUGUCCCGGGGGGCGUGGUGCUGCAGCGACACGGACGGCAACGCCUGGCCGGGCGACGUCGACUUCAACGAGCAGAACUGGUACCGGGGGAUCAACUACAUGGCCAACCACGCCAGGAACUGGCCCGCCGUCGUCACCAUGUCCAUGAGGAACGAGUUCCGCACGCCCAACGCCAGCCCGGAGCUCGCGGCGACUAAAUACAACUGGGCUGAGUGGUAUAGGUUCGAGAAGAUUGCCGCUGCCCAGAUCCACGCGGGCAACCCGGACGUGCUCAUUGUCCUUUCGGGCCUCAACUACGACACCUACCUGACCCCGCUCGUCCAGGGCACCGCCUUCACCCCGGGCACCGAGACGUUCAACCCGACGGGCGACUUUGCCGGCUUCAGCGAGAAGCUGGUCCUCGAGCUGCACAACUACGAGACCGGCGCCACAUCCUGCAGCGGCCUCCAGUCGAGCAUGAGCUCCAAAGGCUAUCAAGCAAUGCACGCUGAGAUUAGUACCACCAAGCAUGUCAUGCCCGUGCUCAUGACCGAGUUUGGGUUCUCCCAGGACGCGACCGAGUGGAAGAAGGUGUACGCCACGUGCAUCGCGGACCUGCUGACCAAGGAGAAGAGCGGGUGGUUCAUCUGGGUCCUGGUGGGCAGCUACUACAUCCGCAGCGGCACGCAGGACUACGACGAGAGCUGGGGCCUGCUGACGCACGACUGGAGCGCCUGGCGCUCGCCGUCGUAUCUCGAGGGCGGGCUGGGGCCGCUUAUCAAGGCCACUUCUUCGGGUUGAGUCAAAGGAGGGAGGGGCUUGGAGAAAUGGCAUUCGUGUGUGUGUGAGGGUGGAGUUGAUUCAAGUAUUCGUAGGGAUUUGAGUACAUAUAUGGCAAGCCUUUUCGUGUGUAU